AUGUACUCGUAUAUAAAUGAAAUCAUCUUCUCUUGCCGUAUUGCAAAGAAGGAAAAGAAAAGAGAAACCGUACUCUUUCGAUUACCUGUUGAUGCAGCAAUACAGGCCAAACGUGUAUGCAAAACUUGGAGAGAAAUCAUCCGUAAUAAAACUGAAAAGCCAGGAGGUUUCCUUUUCGGUCAUUAUGUUUCCUACAGACUUAUCAAACAACUACUUUUCUAUGAAGAUGAUUCAAAGUUGAUGAACUACUAUUCUGACAACAUGGAGACUGAAAACAGCAGAUUCAUUACGGAAACCGCCCCGAAAAGUUGCAUGGUUGGUUCUUGCAAUGGUUUGGUUUGCUUUGGCAAAUAUUAUGCAUAUUCUCCGUAUCCUUUUCUAGUCUGCAACCCGUUUACUGGAGAAUCUGUCUGUCUUCCGGAAUUUAAUUACUCUGAAUUGCCUGGGUCUAGGGAUAUAUCAAGCACAAGGAAACCCUAUGGUCGUUUGGUAAGUGGGUUUGGCUAUUGUCCUUCAACUAAUGAUUACAAGGUUGUUAAAAUUCUUUAUUGUAAAGAGGAACGGGAGUGUGGACAUGUUCAUGUGUAUACUCUUGGCGCCGGGAAGUGGAGUUACGUCGGAUUUACUGGUCACCGUUGCGUAUUCAGUUAUCUAUCGGGAAUCUAUGCAAAUGGAGCACUUUUCUGGUUGCACCAAAGUAGUAAAUACAGGGUACACGAAAGUGAGAUUGUGGCCUUUGAUUUGAAAGGUGAGAAGUUCCACUACAUCGCAUUGCCACGUUGUGAAGAUUUUGAGUACACAACUGAUUACAAUUCUCCACUCAAGUUGCUUGGAGGGAAUAAUAAUUUGUAUUUGGCUCAUGCAUAUAAUGGAGGCUGUCGCACUGACAUAUGGGUAUAUAAUAGGAACAAAAUUUUCCCACAUUGGCAUAAGGAGUUUAGCAUAAAGUAUUAA